AUGAAUGUUCAGCGACACUUUUAUACAGCAACAACACUAACAAAUGGAAAAGUGUUAGUUGCUGGCGGUUCAUUUUAUUAUGGAUUUAACUAUACGUUUUCGAAUAGUGCAGAAUUAUAUGAUCCAUCAACAGGAUUAUGGACAAAGACUGGCAACAUGAGUGUUCAGAGAUCGUAUCAUACAGCAUCACUAUUGACGAAUGGAAAAGUCUUGGUUACCGGCGCAUUAUUAUAUAAUGAAUUCGGCUAUCCUAGUGUACUCAGUAGCGCAGAAGUGUAUGAUCCAUCAUCAGGAUUAUGGACGGCGACUGGUAACAUGAGCAAUGCAAAAUGCGCACAUACAGCAACCUCACUUCUUAAUGGAAAAAUUUUGAUUGUUGGAGGAGAGAGUCUUAAUGGCUCUUUAAGUAAUGCUGAACUGUAUGCAUAA